CAUGACAGAGGAAUAUUGCUCAGCGACUUCAGGAACAGGUCGAUGCUCAAAUUAGAAUUGUUUCCGGUUAAAUUGGGGUCAAACAGAGGGGAUUGCACAUUACAAGACAUCACAAUGCUUAUACGAAGGGUGUUACAAUGUGGAGUGACAGCUUUAAAGUCACACAGGAUCAUUCACCACAGUGCUCAAUGGAGGAGUCCUCUCAUACCUAUCGUUGUGGAGCAGACGGGUCGAGGAGAACGGGCGUAUGACAUCUACUCUCGUCUUCUGAGGGAGAGGAUCAUCUGUGUAAUGGGGCCGAUUGAUGACUCUGUGGCCAGUCUGGUUAUUGCUCAACUACUCUUUCUGCAGUCAGAGAGCAACAACAAACCCAUCCACAUGUACAUCAACAGUCCUGGCGGUGUUGUGACGGCAGGCCUAGCCAUCUACGACACCAUGCAGUACAUCCUCAACCCAAUCUCCACGUGGUGUGUGGGCCAGGCGGCCAGCAUGGGCAGUCUUCUCCUGGCUUCGGGCACGGCCGGCAUGAGGCACUCCCUGCCCAACGCCCGCAUCAUGGUGCACCAGCCCUCCGGAGGAGCCAGGGGUCAGGCUACAGACAUCGCCAUUCAGGCUGAGGAGAUCAUGAAGCUAAAGAGACAGAUCAAUCAACUCUACGCUAAACACACUGGCCAGCUGUUGACACAUAUAGAGGGUGUGAUGGAGAGAGAUCGUUACAUGAGCCCCAUUGAGGCACAGGACUUUGGGAUCAUCGACCGAGUGUUGGUGCAUCCUCCCCAGGCGGGCCAGGACGACCCAGAGCUGGUCCAGAAGGAGUCCCCUACCGCCAUCUGCCCCUCGCCAGCCUCCGCCACCGAGCAGAGCCCCCCUGGGACCAACCUCCCCUCCUCAUACAAACCCGAACCCUGACCUCAGACUACCAGGAAGCAGUCCCACACCCAAUCACAAGCCAUCUUCUACCCACCUAUAGGCACUUCUGUAGAUCGGAAUGGAUUGGACAGGUGCAAGCAAUAUGCUGAUGUCCUGUAAAUCCAAAUGUAUCGGAGUGGAUACUAAUAUGGGAGAUGUUACAGCGUAGCCUACCAGAGGGCAAAGUGGAGCUAUUACUAUAUUGCUUAUACCUGUCCAAUCCUUUGAUCUACAGAAGUGCUCUGGGUGGAUAGGGGCCGGUUUGGAACAGAGGACCUGCAUUGUAUACCUCUGUGCUGGAGAAACCUCUGGGAGAGGAGGAAGGAGUGAAGGAAACAAUAUAGCCCCCAUUUGUACAAGCCAUGACACAAUUGUGACGUUGAUUUUCAUGAACUGGAAUAAGACAUUUUUUAUUUGAGUCACACACCCAACCUGGGCCUGUACUAAAAAGCAUCUAAGUAGGAGUGUUGAUCUAGGAUCAGUUCCUCCUGUCCAUGCAAUCUUAUUCAUUAUGACAGACAAGGCAAAACUGAUUCUAGAUCAGCACUCCUACUCUUAAUGCUUUAUGAAUACAGGCUCCGAUGUAAAAACGGAUUAUAAUUGUAUCAACGCGUGAUUCGAGUCUGUAACAAGUAAAGUGUUUUGAUUGUCUCAGUGAUGAGAUCAA